CUAAUACUUGAUAUAUUUUGGAUAUCACAAGGACAAAACUAACAAUGAGCCCAAACAAAACAAAACAGAAACAACUCCACGGCACCAGCAAUUAGUUGUUGGCUUAUCUGCAAAGAAAUAUCUUUUUUGCUUCUGAAAUAGAGGAGGAAACAUCAUUGCCAACUCCUAUGCCUCAAAUAUACCAAUAUGAAAGACUAUUCAUCUGUUCCAAUGCAGGGGUCUGGCAAGAUUAUCAGAAGAUCAAUCUUUAUCUUUCUGCAAAAUUACCAGUUUUACACUACAAUAGCAGCAGUCCUCGCGUUCCCUUUUGCUGCCUCGGUUCUUCUGCUACAAGCAUUCGUCCCCUCUACAUGUUUCCUCCUAGCAAUCCACGAUCACCUGCAUUCUCUAUUUGAUGCAGUGGGAUUACCAUCCUCUUCAAAACUCUUCACCCUUUUGAAUUCCAAGCUUUCUCAGACCUUUGCAAUCUCUUUUCUUGCAUUUCCUUUCACCCUUACCUCUCUCCUUUUCGCAAAGGCAUCCGUGAUUGAAGCUCUCAGUGAUCAGAAAUCAUUCAAGAAACCUGCAUUUUUUUCUUUUUGUUCACUCUACAGUUCCCUUCUUCUCACUCAACUUUGCAACACAAUAGUCAUCAUCUCAGCAAAUGCAACUUGUUUUACUCUCCUAUUUUUCACCUUCAAUAUUUUUAAUUACGGAUUUAACCUUUCAUCUCCAAGCCCCAUCCUCUUUAUUUCAGCAACAGGAGCAAUAAUUUGUUCAAUCAUUUCAGCCAGCACUUUGAUCAUCUGCAACUUGGCACUGGUAUUAUCAGGACUGGAGAACAUAGGAGGGUAUAUGGCAAUUCUCAAGGCUUGUUUUUUAAUCAAAGGGAAAAAUGCAACAGCAUUAUCGUUAGCCGUGAUUUUCAACUUGGCCUUUGCUGCAGUUGAAGUUCUAUACCAAUACAGAAUUGUCAAAUCUUAUCAUCAUAAAAGAACAGGCUUUUCUGCUAUUGCUUUGGAAGGAAUGUUCAUUGCUUAUUUGUAUGCCAUUCUUCUGGUUCUUGACACCAUUUCUAGCUGUCUUUUCUUCGAAUGCUGUAAAAAGAGCUGCCAGAUGGAUGAAGAAGGAUGUUUUCCUUAUCAAAUUGAGAUUGAAGACAGAGAUCACCAUACAGUACUGUUGAUAAAGAACUUAGAGGAGCUUUCUUGAGUUUACUGAGUAAUUCAACUGAUUCUGUAUCAUGUAUUAUUCAUUUGUCAUAUGAAUUCGUCCAAAUAUAGGUUCCUACAGGAGUAAAUAUAGCUUCAAACAUGAAAGACAGGAAGCAAUUCUUCGGUUUAUUGUAGUAUAAUUAUGAUCUCAAGAAAACUCACUAAGAGAUAGGGUAAGGCUGCAAGUUUUACACAUAUACAUGAAGAUCAACAAAGUGGCAAAUUUCCUUCCAAAUAUUGGAAACUCAAAACAGUAGAUCAUCAAAAGAUUACAAGGUGUUCUUGAGUAAAACGUGGAUGUCCAAGUAUGAAAAAUAACAAGAUUUCAAGAUCAAUGAAUGAAGAUAUCAUAUUAUUUUCCAAAAUUUGAUUCUAAGGAAGGUGGGAAACUAACCCUACAGCCUACAUUUUGUUACACUGCUAUUGCUAAAAA